GGUAGAGAAAAUCAACAUUUCAUGCCGCUAUUCCUCCCGUAAAAAGUGGGCCGGUCCUAGAGACAUUUAGGAAUGCUUUGCGUGUUGUUUUUCUGUUUCUUUCUAUUAAAUUAGUUUCUUUUUUUUCCCCCCCCGAUUUUUUUUUUUAAAUUUCUGUUACUAGAUGGUUAGAAGAGUGAGAGGGGGGCGAAAUGAAUUCGAUUGUACGGCUUACUUCUUCCGACUGCGAUUUGUGAACAGGGAGUUACAGUUAGAAAGACAGUACUUAGGUCUCGCCCAGUGGUAGUUGGCUUAGUUCUGCACAUAUCAUAAAUGUGGAUGAAUUUCUUGGACGAAUGGAAUGAUUUUUUCGGUUUCCCUCGUUUCUCAGUUCCGACUUUUCAACGUUCGCUGUUUUUAAUGUGAUUACAAUUUGACAUCAUUGUGACUGUGAUCCUUAAAUGAGAAGUGUUUUCUUCUGACGGAUGUUAUGUGCCGUAUGACAGGGUUUACUUAAACCUUUUUCAAUUGGUAUAACUAUUUAUUUAGCUUCUAUACUAAGAAGAACUUGAUGCUGUGACUAAAAUGACAUCAUAGCCUGGAUUUAUUUUCAACGGAAUUUCUUCAUCUACUUCAACGUCUGCAAACAUCUUGAGGUCAGGCGCUCGUGUGGUCACUUAUUCUAUGCGCCUGGACAGCAGUGUUGUUAGUGCCGCUUCAUUUAUAUUUUGUUCAAAACUGUUUCUUUUGGUUUGUUUGUUGAGGAUCAUAAUUUCCAGGAGGAAUUACAUCUCGGAAUUAGCCAGAGCUAAGUUGUAAUCUAACAGGAACAUUUUUUUCCCACCUGCUCGUGCGCAAGAACGGCCUUCCUAAUGUAUUAUCCAGAUUUUAAUGGCCCUAUAGCACCCCAGGGAGAGAAAUUCUGGAAAGCUGGGGAAACACUUUUUCCGGGUCUGGACUUUCUCCGGGCUCAUGCCAGCAUGUCCUCUCUUCCUCUGACGGCGAACGGGCUGGACGGGACGUCAGCCCUAAGCUUGUCCCUCCAGAGUAGAGACCUGUCUCACCUGUCCCCAUCCAAGGGCAGCCCGCCUCACAACCGUUCGUCUCCUCGCCCGGGCAGCGCCAGCACCACCCCGAACAGCCUCUCGGCGCCGUCGCUGAGCGCCGGGCUUAACGCCCUCAACCUCAUCCAGACGCCCAAGUCCGGACUGAAGCCUUCUUCGUACAGCUCCCCUCCGCCCCUGGCGUGCAACCCCGAGCACAACGUCUGCAAGCUGAUAGACUAUCGUGGCGCCCAGGUGGCCGCCUUCAUGGUGGAGAGCCGGGAGCUCAUUUGCCUACCUCAAGCGUUUGAACUUUUCCUGAAGCAUCUGGUUGGGGGCCUGCACACAGUAUACACGAAGCUCAAGAGGCUGGAGAUCACACCCAUCGUAUGCAACGUGGAGCAGGUUAGAAUCCUGCGCGGUCUAGGAGCCAUACAACCCGGGGUUAACAGAUGCAAGCUGAUCUCCUGCUCAGAGUUCGAUACGUUGUAUGAUGAUUGUACCAAUUCCAAUGCUCGUCCUGGAAGGCCCCCAAAGCGUGUCCACUCCAACAAUCCGCUGGACAAUGACGUCUUAGAGAAGCUGAAAAGAAGAAAACUGGACAUUCCUGGAGAGUAUCCUUAUGAUCAGAGAUUCUACGAGCGUAAACCGCUAAUGAACGGGUUCCCACCCGUCGGCUAUCCAGCCAUGCCACAGUUCUCAAACUUCUUCAGCAUGCACCAUCUCAUGCAGCCCAUGGCUAUGGCGUCUCACAUUGGGCUACGGCCGGACGCCGGGGUACCCAAACUGGAAAGGUCGACAACUGACUCAGGGAUAAUAUCACCUAGGCCAAGAGACGAGAGGCUGCCCAUGUUAGGAAUGUACCCUGGUGGACCGGGCAUGGACCCAAGACUUCCACACCGACCACCAGAAGGCGACACAAGUAAACCGCUCAACCUUCAGGUCAAUGGACACCACAAAGAGUCCGAGGCCUCAAGAAGCGACGAUGGCUACGAUGAUGACAAGUUGAGUGAAGACGAGCGUCCAGUAGAUGAAGACCUAGACGACAGCUAUGACAGUGAUGAUUACCACAGUGGUGACGCCGCUGAUAAACCCAGACCAGGCUCCAACCCCAACCCAUUCUCCGCCGUGGGUGGCGAGACUGCGAGCACGGAACUGGACCCCUUCGUGGUCAAAUUCAACGCUGUGGUGAGGGCGCUGGUGGACGCCACAAAAGCGGUGGAGAGACGUGUCGUUGAAGAGAAACAUCAAUUAAGUCUAGAACUGCUGAGAGAAAAAGACAAGUCAAUGAAACUAGAGAGAGAAGUGCAAGAGGAGAGAAAGAAGAGAGAGUUUUUCCAAAGACGAGUCAGAAGACUGAAGAAAGCACUCAGGGAUGAAGCAGGAUCGCCAGACGACAGCACUAAACAGAUGGAUAAAUCUGACAGGCCAAGACCAGAGUGCACUCCAGAGCCCCUUAGAGGCACACAAGAAUCGAAUGCUCAUGAUGUAGAUAGCGAGUCUCAGUCUAUUCCUUCAUCUCAUACUAUCGACUUGGACCGUAAAACAGAUAGCUCCCCAGCCAGCAGACCGAUGACAACACGAGAGCUGUUCGAGUCUCUAAAUAAAUCCCACCACACGCCCCCAACCAGCAACUCCAUGAAAUUUCCCUACCAUCAAAUGAUAGCACCUUCGGAUGUUUAGGCACAUCUGUUCCUGCCCAGACAGCAUAGACCUACAAUCACACAUACACAAACCUCACACUCUCCCCCACCACCACCACCCACACAGACACACACUCCCACUGGCACGUUACAAAGCUUCUCCAAGCAAAGUCUAACAAACCCUAUCAUCCCCCCCCCCUCCACUCGUGUCCACAAGGCUCUUAAAUUAAAUUUAAGGCGGCAUUACCAGAAAGCGGGAACUUUGAUUCGGUAAAGACAAGUUGAUGCCAACUCUGAAAUUUCCCGGAGAAGCAAAAGAGAUAGUGGAUGUGCUCCUCUCAGGACGUGACAAACAUUUCCUCUAAUGGAAACAUCUUUGGCUCUAACUCUAUUGUGUCAACGCGGGAGACGAGUUUCUCUCUGCCUAACCAGAGUCUCUGACUUCUUGACACUUUUGUUGACAAUGGAAUCAUUGACAUCUUCAAGAGAGUAAAAUGUAUUUGUGAAUCGCCUGCAAGGAAAGAGACAAAAUCUAAAUACAGAAACUCUAGGUCUCUAAAAGCUUUGCCGUCAAGCUGUUUGAGAAAUGCAAGGAACAGUUUCAACUGUAAUGCACGGAAUGGGAGUAUUCUAUAAUCAUUGCAUUAUGCGAAUACCUUCUAAAUUAAUUUAUUGUCAAGAUAUUAGUUGUGUUUUUUCUGCCUUUGUUGCACUCAUUUCAAUUCAAAAUGAGUGCGUUAAUCUUAUAAAAAAAAAACAAUAACAAAUACUCUAAUCGAAAAACUUUGGUUAUAAUAAGAGUAGAAAAAGUAAAUGUUUAUUUUUAGAUCUGUACAAUACACUACAUAGUAAUAAGUAUGGAUGCACAUGAUUAUGUUUUCACGCUUUUUCAAACCUGAUGGUAAAGUGAUGAGUUGAAGUUACGUGUGAGAGACACUCACUACAUCACAGCAGACUAUGUUACAGUUGUUCUGAAGUCAUUAUUUAUAUAUAUAUUGUCACAUGAAAAUGUGCUCUAUGAGAUGAACCAUAGUCGUUACCACUGAUGGAGGGUGAGGCGUAUAGGCCUAUAUAAAUAUGAGGGAAGGUGAAAUUAUGUAGCUCUUUAAAGUGUCCAACAAUAGUGGUUCAAAAUGUAGACAUUGUUAAGCACAUAGCACAUUGCUUUGAUGUGGAGAUCAACAUUGGAACAUUGAAGGAUUCACCCACGUUAAUCAACAAAAUAUUUUUUUAUUUCCUAUUUAUGUUUUUAUUUUCAAAUAUUUUUUCUCUUACUCUGAUCAGGAAAUGUAUUUGUAAGUUUGUAAAUAAUUAUUAACAUUAUUGGCGGUAUUUUUAACGCUGAAAGUAAGCUCGCAAUUUUCUAGAUGUUUGUCAAUGUCAAAAUAUAUUAGAACCCAAACUGACUUUUACAGAUCCAAGAUUAUAUACAAGAGAAGUCAUCUAUGUAAAAUUACUCAGUGUGUUCUGGUGAUGUAAAGUAGGUCAGUUGUAUGAAAGUGUGUCAGGUGAUGUAAAGUAGGUCAGUUUCAUGAAAGUGUGUCAGGUGAUGUAAAGUUGGUCAGUUGUAUGAAGGUGUGUCAGAUGAUGUAAAGUAGGUCAGUUGUAUAAAAGUGUGUCAGAUGAUGUAAAGUAGGUCAGUUGUAUGAAAGUGUGUCAGAUGAUGUAAAGUAGGUCAGUUGCAUGAAAGUGUGUCAGGUGAUGUAAAGUUGGUCAGUUGUAUGAAGGUGUGUCAGAUGAUGUAAAGUAGGUCAGUUGUAUGAAAGUGUGUCAGAUGAUGUAAAGUAGGUCAGUUGUAUGAAAGUGUGUCAGAUGAUGUAAAGUAGGUCAGUUGUAUGAAGGUGUGUCAGAUGAUUAAGGUAGGUCAGUUGUAUGAAGGUGUGUCAGAUGAUGUAAAGUUGGUCAGAUGUAUGAAAGUGUGUCACGUGUGACUACGUAUGUCAACUGUAACAAAAUGUAACUAGGUAUGCCAAAUGUCACAAAGUGUCGGAUGUGGCUAAGUUUGCCAGAUGCCUCAAAGGAUGUUUGUAAGCGAGAAGCUACAAUGAUUUUCUAAAUGUCCUAACCUUUUGUUAGUCUUCAAAAUAUGUAUCAUUCAAUGUAUAGCUUGCUGAUUACUUAAUGUAUGUCUGACCCGGCAAGGAGAUGCUUUGUCUCGCUUUACCGUGAGUGUGCUUGAUGAAA